AUGAAUUUUUUAAAAAAAAGAUAUUUUAUAAUAAUUUUAAUCAUAUCAUACAUUAUAUAUUUAAAUAAUAUUGAAAUAGAAGAUAAUAUAUUCAAUAUGGAGAAUAAUCAAAUUAAUAACAAUAACAAUAAUAGUAAUAAUAAAAUUAGAGCAAUUAUUACUGGUGCAAGUGGAAUGAUUGGUGAAGGUGUUGUACAAAAUGCAAUUGAAAGUGAUGAAGUUGAAAAGAUAUUAAUUGUUGGUAGAAGAGAAUCUGGAUUUAAGAAUGAAAAAGUUAAAGAAAUUUUACAUAAUGAUCUUUCAAAUUUAACAAAUAUUCAAAAUGAAUUCAUUGGAUAUAAUUCAGUAUACUUUUGUGCUGGUAUAUCGUCAGUUGGUGUUGAUAAUGAAACUUAUCAUAAAAUAUCCUAUGAUAUGCCAAUGGAAAUGUUAAGAAAAGUUGAACUUGUAAAUAAUAUAAAAUCAAAGGAUGAUAAUAACUUUACCUUCAUUUAUGUUACAGGUAGUGGAACAAAUGAAAACUCUUGGUCAAAUUGGGCACGUGUAAAAGCUAAAACUGAAAAUCAUAUUAUAGCAUCCAAUUUCAAUAAAACAUUUGCAUUCCGUCCUGGUUUCAUUCAACCAAAUAUACCAGGUUUAAAAAAUGCCUACAAAAUGUAUAAAUAUAUUGGUUGGUUAUAUCCAAUUGGUCGUUCAAUCUCUCAAAAUGGAUUCAUUACACUAAGAGAAAUAAGUCAAGCAAUGGUAAAAGCUUCAACAAAUGGUUAUAAAUCAAAUAUAAUUAAUGGUAGUGAUAUUGUUAAAUUAGCUCGUUCAUAA